GAGGGAGGAGAGGAGGAGGAGGGGACAGAGUGUGACUAAAGCCAGUCUCUAAAACCAGACCGAGUGCCGCGUGGAUCUCUUCUCAAAAGCUUGAGUGUGCGAAGGAAAGAGAACGUCAGCGUUUGUGAAUCAGAUUCCAUGGAAUACAAAACUUCCAAGAAUUCCAACCUCGGAGAAGAAAGAACAGUAUCAAGUGCAAUCAUGAGACGAAGCUCCAGCAAGAAAGGCUUGCAGAACCUCCUGAGAGUGACGGCUCAGCGAAGUAUCGAAGAUGCUGAGGAGAUCGAGAGAGAAAGGCGGCGUCGGGCCCGGGAAUCCUUCCGCAAUCAACAAAGCCUGUCUGGAUCUGCCGGUUCCCCUCAGGACAGUGUGAACCCACCUGAGACCAGCCUCUAUGAAAGUGAAUUCAAACCUAGCAAUCCGACUGCUGUGGAUGAGGAUGAAGGUUUCAGUGACUGGACCCAAAAGCUGGAACGGAGAACAAGGUCCAGAAUGGCUGAGAACGGCAGUGGAGAACAGUUACAACAGGAGGAGAAAGACGGGAAUGAGAGAUCUACACAAAGUGACAAAAGCAGCUUCACCACUUCUAUAAAGUGUCAGAAAAUACAGGACAGAGAGGACGAGGAGAAAAGACCAGAGAGGAGGAGCAGCGCUGAGACACGAAUGGAGAUCAGUGAGAGGGUGAGCAGCCCGAGAUCAGAGGAAUGGCAUGACGACAGCAAAAGAAGACAACAGGAAAUAAAACCACUGAUGGAGAACAAGAUGAAAGAGGAGAGGAAGGAGGUGAAGGUGUCAUACACGUCAAAAGUAUUCCUACAGCAAGACAGAACGCCUAAUGGCAAUGGAGAGGCAGCUGCAGAGGAAAUGACAUCACAUCUGGUCAAAACCAAAAGAUCACCCAGGACUGUAGAUGCAGAUCAGGUCUUUGAGACUAAGAAGGACAUGCACGCUGGUCUGGAGACGGAGCUGAAGCUGGAGAAGAUCAGACGUAGCCACCAAGAGAAGGAGAGUCAGGAAAUGGAGCAGCUACGGCAGCGUCAAGCCGAGGCUGAGCUGGAGCUGGAGGAACUGAAGAAGAAGAGAGAGGAACGACGCAAGGCUCGUGAAGAGGAGGAACGGAAGAAAGAGGAAGAGGAACAGCAGAAACUAACCAAAAAAGAGGAGGACAAGAGACAGAUGAAGGAGGACAUUGAGAGGAGGAGAAUGGAAGCAGCGGAGAAGAGAAUGAAGAAUCCCACAGAUGGUGAUGAUCCCUUUAACCCUCUAAACCCAAUAAGUCCAACUUUCAAGAUCACAGAGAGAACAGAAUCCUUGAAUCGAUCUUUAAAGAAGAGUAACAGUUUCAAGAAGACCCAGAGACCUGUCCUUCUGCCCAAGAUUGAUGACAAACUGGAACAAUACACUCAUGCAAUUGAGAUCUCCUCUAAAGACGCAAAACUGACUAAGUCAGCAGCAGCUGACAUGCCCAGUGUCUCUGCUCCGGUGGCCUCCAAAAAAAACCUGUUUGAAGCAGGAGAGGCCAUGAGUCAAAGCAGCCCGAAAGGAACGCCUUUGAAGGAUACAGAAUGUGUGAAAGUGGGUGUAGCAAACCUGAUCAACCAUUGGGUGAAAGGAAGUCCAGAAGGAGGGAACAGACACUCCCCUUCCCCACCAUCUGAUGUUAAACCUGGAGAUGUUCUGCAGAAAAAGAACAUGUGGGAAAUUAUUGGAGAAGGUUCUGCAGGAGAGAGAUCAGGACUAGGAGGAAAGGGCUCCUCCUCGGGUAAACGGUACAAGUUUGUUGUGACAGGCCACGGAAAAUACGAGAAGAUUGCCACUGAUGGUAAUCAUUACAAUAUCUACCCGAAUGAAAAAUCAAGUGAAUUUUCCAGCGAUCGCUUGUGAGGAAUUUAAUUCAGCAAUAACAUCUUUCCUGAUUCACCAAGAACACAUUAAUUGAUAUAUAUAGUACAAUAUUUCAAUCAACAAAACAGAAGAAACCAUUACACUACAUUAUAUGUGGUUUUGUGUUGUUUUUUAUGAUUGUUCCAUUUUUGACUGUUCUAAUGGCAUGGCUUUGAAAUGUUUUUCUACAAUUAAUUUGUCUCAUAUAUAUAUAUAUAUAUAUAUAUAUAUAUAUAUAUAUAUAUAUAUAUAUAUAUAUAUAUAUAAAUAAUGUAAAAUUAUUCUCAGACCUAUUGAAUUAUUCUGACCGACUGUAACAGAAUCUUUUCUUUUUCCUCAGUAUCAUCUGCAGUAUUUGUGCUGAUAUCAUGCCUAGUUCUAACAAUGUAUGAGUAUGAAGUGACUGUUAAUGUCAAAUAGAUCAAAGUCAUGACUUUUGUCAACUGUUUUUAUAUUGAUUAUCUUUGCUAUUUUUAUAUUAUGGCACAUUGUUUCAUUUAUAUAUACUUGAAUAGAUGAACAGUAGAAUAAUCCAAAAACAUAUUCCAAAAUUCCUGCAGCUGAUUCUUAUGCUUUUUAAGCCACAACCAAUCUUUUACUGUUAUAUUUUAUUUCAAAUAUGUCAUUGAUUUUCUUUUUGGUUUUCAUGAAAACACUGGAAUUACUCCAUUUAUCAUAUUUAUGAUAUUAAAAUAAACAUGUUUUUUAGGUAUGAGCAUUUUUCAACCCAAUGGUAUUGAGAAUGGUUAAAAGAAGAAUUUCAUUUAUAGGCAAUUACAGCUUUUAUUUUCAAUAAAUUUGAUAUUUUGUAUGAUUUGUAAUUUGGAUUUUGGCUGCUUUUCCAAGUUUCCACUUGAUACAAUGUGUCAGUUAAUGACAAGUUCCCAUGCAGUAAACUUCCACAACACAUCUAGGAUAGCUCCUUGGCCUAAUUUUAGGGUGAAAGCAAAUGAGCAAGUCAUCUGCUCCAUGUCACAGAGUGCGGUGCCACUUUCCACCCUCACCGUAAACUAAUCCCAAGCAGUCGCUGCUUUAGCCAUAGGUGGAGCAGCUACAUUAAAUUACAUAAUAAAUCACUGAAAAUUUACUACCAA